CGCUUCCGCUGGGCCCCCCGCGAGCGAAGUCGACUCGGCGCAGGGACCCGGGAGAUCGUGGGGGGCGGGGGGGUCCCCCAUGCCUCCGGGCCCCGUCUCCUGAGCCCAGCCACCAGCGCCGGGACUCGGGGCAGGCGCGCGCCCACCAGGCCCGGGCGCACCAUGGCCCCGGCCCUGCCCUGGCUCCUGCUGUGGGUGGGCUGGGGCGUCCUGCCGGCCCCCGGCACCCCGCGCACCCCCGCGCACCCCGCGGGCGGCAUCCGCCUGCCCCUGCGCAGCGGCCUGGCCGGGGCUCCGCUGGGGCUGCGGCUGCCCCGGGACACCGACGAGGAGCGCGAGGAGCCCGGGCCCAGGGGCAGCUUUGUGGAGAUGGUGGACAACCUGAGGGGCAAAUCCGGCCAAGGCUACUACGUGGAGAUGACCGUGGGCAGCCCCCCGCAGACGCUCAACAUCCUGGUGGACACAGGCAGCAGUAACUUUGCAGUGGGCGCAGCCCCUCACCCUUUCCUGCAUCGCUACUACCAGAGACAGCUGUCCAGCACGUACCGGGACCUCCGGAAGGGUGUAUAUGUGCCCUACACCCAGGGCAAGUGGGAGGGGGAGCUGGGCACCGACCUGGUGAGCAUCCCUCAUGGUCCCAACGUCACUGUGCGUGCCAACAUCGCUGCCAUCACUGAAUCGGAUAAAUUCUUCAUCAAUGGCUCCAACUGGGAGGGCAUCCUGGGACUGGCAUAUGCUGAGAUUGCCAGGCCUGACGACUCCCUGGAGCCCUUUUUCGAUUCCUUGGUGAAGCAGACCCACGUUCCCAACCUCUUCUCCCUGCAGCUCUGUGGCACGGGCUUCCCCCUCAACCAGUCUGAGGUGCUUGCCUCAGUUGGAGGGAGCAUGAUCAUUGGGGGCAUCGACCAUUCGCUGUACACGGGCAGCCUCUGGUACACACCCAUCCGGCGGGAAUGGUAUUAUGAGGUGAUCAUUGUGCGGGUGGAAAUCAACGGACAAGACCUGAAAAUGGACUGCAAGGAGUACAACUAUGACAAGAGUAUUGUGGACAGUGGCACCACCAACCUGCGUUUGCCCAAGAAAGUGUUUGAAGCUGCAGUCAAGUCCAUCAAGGCAGCCUCCUCGACAGAGAAGUUCCCGGAUGGGUUUUGGCUAGGGGAGCAGCUGGUAUGCUGGCAAGCAGGCACCACCCCAUGGAACAUCUUCCCAGUCAUCUCACUCUACCUCAUGGGUGAGGUCACCAAUCAGUCUUUCCGCAUCACCAUCCUUCCACAGCAAUACCUGCGGCCAGUGGAGGAUGUGGCCACGUCCCAGGACGACUGCUACAAGUUUGCCAUCUCCCAGUCCUCUACAGGCACUGUCAUGGGGGCCGUCAUCAUGGAGGGCUUCUAUGUUGUCUUUGAUCGGGCCCGAAAACGAAUUGGCUUUGCCGUCAGUGCUUGCCAUGUGCACGAUGAGUUCAGGACAGCGGCAGUUGAAGGCCCUUUUGUCACUCCAGACAUGGAAGACUGCGGCUACAACAUUCCACAGACAGACGAGUCCACCCUCAUGACCAUAGCCUAUGUCAUGGCUGCCAUCUGUGCCCUCUUCAUGCUGCCACUCUGCCUCAUGGUGUGCCAGUGGCGCUGCCUCCGCUGCCUGCGCCAGCAGCACGAUGACUUUGCCGAUGACAUCUCCCUGCUGAAGUGAGGAGGCCCGAAGGCGCAAGACAGAAAUUGCCCGGGACCACAUCUGGGUGGUUCACCUUGGUCACAAGUCGGGGAGACGCAGGUGGCCCUCAGGACCCUCAACCACCCACCAAAUGCCUCUGCCUUGAGGGAAGAGAAGGGCCGCAGGGGGAUUCCAGGGCUUGUACCCAGAGGAAACAGGAGGGAAGCAGCAGCACUCUGCUAGCAGGAAUGCUUUCGGUCACCUCAAACUCCACUUGGGAAAUUCUGCUGCUUAAACCUUUAGUCCUGAACUUUUGCCCACCAUCCCUUUAGGUUUUCCAACCCAAAGUGUUCUUUCCUUAUGUCUGGGAGUACUUGCAUCGCGCUCAGGCCACCCUGGUACGUAUCUCUGUGGUACCCUGGCAGAGAGAGGGCCAACUUCACUUUUCUGCUGACCUAAGUCAAAAGAUGCAGUUUGCUAUUUGCUUUAGAGAUAGGGCCUGCAGAAACAGCCUACACUGGUGCAAAGACUGUUCCUGAAUUAAACGAAGAACAAUGAGAUGAAAUAUUUGUACUUAUGGGGGGUGGUCAGAGAGAGAAGAAGGGGGAGGCACGGCUCAGCGGUAGAGCACCUACCUGCCUAGCAAGUGCAAGGCCCUGAAUUCUAACACAGUUACCACCACCACCACCCCCCCAAAAAAAAGAAAGGAAGAGAGGAGGAGAGAGAAUAAAAACACAGGGAACAGUUGGUAGGAAAAGCUAGGAAAGGCAGGAACACAACACUUGCCAACCCCAGUUUUAGACCUCAUCUCCAAGACACAACUCCAUGUCCUAAAAUGGUGUGGCUCCCCCCAGUGUUUAGUGGUAGAGUGAGAUGACAAGAAGGCUUACCCAAGCCAAAGAGCUCUCUUCAGUGACAAGUACCCACCAGGAAGCUCACGUAACCAAUUCCUACCUUAUUAAUCCCACUUGUCUCUACUCACACCCUUCCUUCCAUGUAUGAUAGUGGCACUGAGACAUCCCAACCACCAGAGCCCCGGUUCCCUGUGGGAGGACAAGUGGAAUGUAGCAGGGCAGGCUGGACACUGUCUUCCUGAUCACAGGUUCACUCCUCCACACAACUGAUGGCUCUGGAGCUUUGCAGCUGAGGUGCUAAGGCUAUAGAAAGGAGGUCUCUCCUACCUAAUCCUAGUGAAUCCUGAAAAUUCAUUCAACAGGUACAGGUUGAUGCCUAUAUCUCUUCCUGGAUUUCUUCUGAUCAGUGGUACCAAGUGGUAAGACCUUUAACCCAGUACUGAGCAGUUCCACUGCUUUCUCUCCCUAAUGGUCCUCCACUUAUUUGGCUAAUGCAUCCAUACACUGGCUAGUAUUACACCACGAAUGUACAGACUAGAGGGCUUUCUGCCUUGGUAACUGUCUCCAGUAUCAAGGCUACCUAGAGAAAGAACAGCAGCCUCAAGGCUUCCUGGUUUCCUUCUCUACCUUUCCCAGAUGAAGGCCACCUUCUCCCCCUAUCCUGCUUUCUGCUCCCCACUCCCUGUAGUACAUGGGUACCCAGGCUGGUUCUUGGGCUAGGUCGUGGGGCCACGUUCAUUUCCUCUGUCAGUUCAACACUGUGGCUCGUGUGAAUGGGAAGUUAGCUGCUGGAUAGCCUGUUCCUAUCUGGUCUGCACAAUGCCUCCAGGUAGGGACCUGUCAAGGCAGAGAGAAAUGGAAGGAGGGCCUCUGGAGUUGCUGGUCUAAGCCAGCUGCCCACAAGCCAUAAACCAAUAAAACAAGAACACUGAGUCACAGUUUUUAUCCUGUUCUCUUCAUUCCCACUGCACUUGGUGCUGUCUAACUGGGAACUCCCCAUGAUUCUAAAAACUGACAGACUGGAGACUGGCUGCUUCCAGUUCAGAGCUUACAGUGUAAAUCACCCAGAACUGCUGCAGGAGGAAAAUGACACAUUCUGCUUCAUAGUUUAUACCCAUGUUGGGGAAAACUAGCUCUUUCCAGGGCACAAAUCUCAAUCCAAACAUUAGUAACUCUUGUUUCCUAUUGUUUGUUUGUGACUUGUUUUGUUCUUUAAAGAAAACUUGCAUUUGUCUUGUCACAGUUACUUCAUUUCUACCCUGAAACUAUGAAUUCUAAAUGUAAAAAAGAUCUUGACAACAGCUUCUUGCUUGUAAAAAUAUGUAUUCUAUAUCUCUAUUUCUAAAUUCUA